UCCCGUGAUAAACCGGGUGACAUCAAAACAACAUAACCUCCAAAUUUUUGAAAUUUUUUUCUCCAAAUUUUUUAAGUUCCUAAAGAAUUAAUAAAUAAUGGCCUACGAUUUAAAGUCCGAAGACGAAGUCAAAGAUUACAUCAAGAAUUUGGGCAUCGAAUACCGGUUUGGCUGUUACAGUGAAAAGAAACCGGAAGUAUGCCACCUAUUAGCAGACUUCCUAGAAGCCAUAAAAAAAGACUACGAAAAAGCAGCAAAAGUAUACAAAAACAACUGUGAUGAAUACAAAUUUGGCAAGAGCUGUCUGAAAUAUGGAGGCUAUUGUUUAACGGGCAAAGGUGUUAAAACCUCCAACUACCCCGCUGCGUACAACUAUUUUGAAAAGGGUUGCAAUUUGGAUGAACCUUAUUCUUGUUUUAACCAGGCCAUACUCCUCGUAACCAAAAACGAUGGAUUUGGAGUGAAACAAGACGUCCUCAAGGGUAUGGAGCUCCUCCAGAAGGCUUGUGCGGCACAAAAUGGUAUGGCAUGUUACUACUUAUCCGGCCUAUACAUUGCGGGAGCAAAAAAUGGUAGUUCAGUCGGGGAUAAGGGUGAGAAAGACUCCUUUGAUAUACCAAGAAACAUGGAGAAGGCUUUUAAAUAUGCUUUGGAAGGGUGUAAUUUGGGUAAUAUGUAUAGUUGUGCCAAUGUGAGUCAGAUGUACACCAAAGGGGAUGGGGUGGAAAAGAAUCUGGAGCUGGCAGAUAAAUACAAGAAAAGAGCCCUGGAAAUGCAAGAAGAGGCUACAAAGAACGCACAGACUUUAAAGUUCGGGGUCGGGUUAGAUUGAUUGUGUGACAAAUAAAGUGGAGGAGACUUAAUGAUGUGUAAAUUAUUUAUAUGUGAACAAGAGUGAUAGGCAAUGUUGUGAUUAUUUGUUGUUAUUUUAUUCUAAAAUAAAACUGUUUUUAUAUAUGAACACUGUUAAAUUAACUGAUAUUAGUAAAUAAAUAAAUUUUAGAAUUUUAA